CAACUGUAUUCUUACCCGCCUGUGAUGUCUGACGGGACCCCGUUAUCCCCAUCGCGGAGCAACCGGGCUCUGUCGUGAAUUUGUGCGAGGUGUUUUGUCAUGCUGAGACACAGGCGACGAUCACAUAAGCGUUGGGAAUGGUCGUGGCCUCUCGACUUGCCAACGCCCACAGAUGUUAUCGCUUAUACACUGGCCGCCGGGAUCCUGCCCGAUCUUUUCUAUCGCUGGGGAAGAUCUGUAGGGUGACACUUGUUGGGCCGAGUUUGUUUCUGUAGGUAACCUCCAAACUAUAAUAUAACUUUUGAUUACCCUCUCCCCCCAAAGCCCAGCUAGUUCCGUGAAGCGUUCCUGCGACCGGGCUAGUCGCGGGAUCAUUCGUACGGUACUUCUAUCCUCAAGUUUAACCACCACUAUGGGUCCAGUCGUACAGGCAGAAGAUGGAUCCUUUCCCCCCGAUUUCCCCCUAGCUGUAUGCCUCAAUGGCGCAACAAAUCCAGAGACAUUCCACGUCAUCCGAUCCUUCACUCCAUUCACUAAAGCCCAAGUAUACCUCGUCAGACCAGAUCCCAACACUGAUCUGCCACUCCAAGUUAUUCUAAAAGUGUAUGACCCUCGAUUCCUCGAUGAUCGCUAUCCGAAGUCCUCCCGUUUACCCAGCCGACCGUGGACGCUCCGGGCGGAGUCCGUCGCGGCUAUGAAGAGGAAGCGGAUUGAAUUGGGCGAGAUCGAUGAUGAUUUCCACGUUGACCUGUUGUAUGGCGACGAAGAGGCUGAUCCUUCUCUCUGGGAGGAACACUUCUUCCGCUUGAUGAAGGAAUGCUUCGAGUCCGAACUUGAAGCAUACAAGCGUCUAGAUGACAUACAAGGUCGCAGCAUCCCGAAGUUCUUCGGAGCAGGAAGACUAAUACCAAACCCUCUGGACUCACGCGCUAUCGAGCCACUAGCGGUACUCAUUGAAUACAUUCCUGGCGUGUCGCUGUGCAACAUCGACCCUGUACUGGUUCGCCCAGAUCUUUAUGAGCCGCUGAUUGCGGCAGUCGCUACCUUCUCGAAGCAUGGGGUCUUCCACGACGACGUUAACCAGAACAAUAUCUUGUUCAGCCCAGCAGAAGCACCGAAGAGGGCGGUGCUAAUUGAUUUUGGAUGUGCUGCUGUGAGGGACGCCGAGCAACCAGACGAGGAGUGGGAUGAAGCCGUGCGAUUUGCUAAUGACGUUGGGAGGUUGAGGUUGUCGUUGGAGAAGAAGCUGGGGAUCAAACUAGAUGUCGAUCAGGCCAGCGCCGUGCCUGACGCGUAGGCAAUUUAUGUCUACCACCACGAUCGGUAAGCCCCUUUUCGGUCAACAAGUAUUAGUGUCGGAAGUGGACUCUCUUGGCUACC